GAUAUGUGUCAAUGUUUGUACUGGCAAUAUUCAUGACAAACAUAUUUAUUUAUAACAAUCCAUUCUGGGGUCAACAUAGUUUACAAACUGUGUACAUUCAUAUAUUCUCACUUAAAUAGCCUAUAAAAGCAAGAAUAUUUGAGCAAACUAUUUUCUGUGAAGCUUCGUUCGGGGUCGCCUUACGCAGUUAAAUUUACCCUCAGUUUGGAUAAGGUCAUAUAAAACAUGAAGUUUGAUGAUAUCUUGGAACAUCUUGGUGAUUUUGGACCAUAUCAAAAGCGACUUUAUUUGUUAGUUUGUUUACCUUCUAUAAUUAUCGCUUGUCAGGUAUUACUACCUGUAUUUAUAUUGGAUAUACCAGCACACAGGUGUGCUGUACCGUCGUUAUCUAAUGAUACGUAUGCUAUACAAGGAACAUGGCACCAAGAUUUGAUUAACCAGUCUAUACCUAGUAGUAAAGAUGGUUGGUCUAAAUGUAAUGUAUACAGUUAUAAUAAAGAUGGUAAUAGAACAGAAGUUGGGUGUAAUAAAUGGGUUUACGAUCGAUCGCAGUAUGAAAGUACAUUUAUAUCAGAGGUUGACAUGAUUUGUGAUAGAGCCUUCUACAGAUCCCUUGCUAAUAUGAUCUUGUUCGGUGGUAAUUUAGUUGGUGCGCUUGGUCUAGGCUUGGUGUCGGAUAUAAUUGGCAGAAAGAAAACGCUUUUGAUUUCUAUAGUUUUAUGGACAGGAACUGGAAUUGGGACUGCUUUUAGUACAGAUUUUAUUAGCUUCGCAACGUUGAGGUUCUUUACUGGUCUUGCUAUGAGCGGUAUAUUUAUGACGUCCUUUGUAAUAGGAUUAGAAUUGGUUGGUCCCUCAAAAAGAACUAUAGCAGGAAUGGUGAUCAUGGUGUUCUGGGCCAUAGGAUUGUUUGUCCUAACAAUUUGUGCAUACUUGAUAAGAAAUUGGAAAACACUUACCCUGGUAACUUCAGUACCCGCGAUUUUCUUUCUUUCAUAUUGGUGGCUGAUACCCGAAUCGGCAAGAUGGCUGUUAUCCAAGGGGAGAAACGAAGAAGCUGAAGAAAUAAUCCGCAAGGCGGCAAAAGUCAAUAAUACUGAACUUCCACCAAAAUUAUUUGAUAAAUCGACACUUGAUGAUGGACCAAAAGCUAAAAUAUGGCAACUAUUUACCACCCCUAGUUUACUGUUUCGAACUUUGAUUAUUUUCUUUAAUUGGUUUGUAGUGAGUAUGGUAUACUAUGGAUUGGGUUUAAAUGUAUCAAAUCUGAGUGGUGAUUCUUACCUUAACUUUACCAUAGCCAACAUAGCGGAGACGGUUUCAUAUGCAUUAUGUAUCCUACUGUUGGACAGAUUAGGACGAAAAGUACUGCACUGUUCAGCUAUGUUACUAGGAGGAAUAGCAUGUCUUGCUACUAUGUUUCCUGUUAUUUAUGGAGACAAAUCACAUGAAUGGUUAACAACUACCCUGUCUAUGAUUGGAAAACUAGGAGCAUCCGGGGCUUUUGCAAUCAUUUAUGUAUUUGCUGGAGAACUGUUUCCAACUAUCUUGCGGAAUUCUGCUCUUGGUGCUAGCUCCACGUGUGCUCGUGUUGGUGGAAUGAUUUCGCCCUACAUUGCUGAUUUGGGUUUGCUAGUUGGUGGAGAACUUAAAACAGCUCUACCACUGAUAGUUUUUGGUUCAGCCUCUGUUGCUGCUGGCCUCCUCUCUCUUUUUCUACCAGAAACGUUGAAUAGAAAACUUCCUGACACUAUUGACGAUGCUAAACAGUUUACCAGUGGGAAGAAAAGUGGAAGAGAUUACGAGCUGAACCAGUCUAAUGACGACGAUAAACCGUUGGAAAAGUAUACACCAGCAACAAUAAGUGAUGGUAAAGUGUAGAAUGGCUGCAGGCUAAUUAUUGAUACAUAAAUUGUUAUCAUUUUGUUUAUUAUCAUUUACAAAUAUAGAUAUAUAAUAAAUGCAUAUGUUUUAAAACCCAUUUCUAUGUACAAA